GUUAUUUAUAAACAUGUGAAAAAUUAAAUUUCUAAUAUGAAAGUAUUUAUGUGAAUUUUACUUAGUAAGAGUUUAAAAUAAAAUCGUGAAUCAUGGAAUUGAGUGGCGCGUUGUCAACUCACCCGUGGGGAAAACGUGGUAGUAAAAGUAUGGCAGGAUACUAUUACUGGCAUAGGAGGAAAAGAAACCUCCUUGACGAAAAUGCUCAUUACUCCACCCUCAUUUUCAGCGGUAACGCUUCCGCGCGUCCAACUGUUAUAGUAGAAACAAAGGAAAAUCUAGAUUCGUUUAUAGAAAAAAAUGCUAACGUCAUUGGAAAAAAUGGUGAACUUUAUGCAAAUCGUUUACCAUUCCAAGUCAAGAUUAUAUGUCUUGAGAGCGGCAUGUCAUUGGGAUGCCAUCCUCCUAAGAAACAAGCUGAGAGGCUGCACCGGAUGUAUCCAGGAAGGUACAGUAGUGAGGAACACAAGCCGAAAUUAUUAAUCGCGUUGCAUUAUCUCCAAGUGAUGGCUGGGUUCAGGCAAAGAAGUGAAAUUGUAUCAUUUAUAUCAGGUAUACCAGAACUGGCGAUCGUAAUACCUUACGCAACUAUUGAGGAUUAUCUUUGCUCUGGGAACACACUUCACCUUAAACGAAUGUUCUAUUUCUUGAUGUCUGCAUCUCAUCAAGAAAUAAAGACGUCUCUUGACAUAUUUUUUGCAAGGAUGAAUGAUGCAGAUAGCACGGCAAAAGCACUCGUUAAUUACAACGUUUUAAAAACACUUUUCGAACAAUUCUCUUAUGACUGUGGAGUAUAUGCACCAUUAUUUUUAAACCAUAUAUUUUUGAAUCCAGGUCAAGCAAUGUUCAUACCAUCAGGAAUUGUACACACGUGCCUUCAUGGAGAUUGCUUUGAAGUGACGACAAGCUCACGAAACAUUAUAAGAUGUGGCUUGACAGAUAAGUAUAAGGACAUUGACGAAUUCCUAUAUAUCGCUGAUUUUAAUGCCAGCAGCGUGGAAAAAUUGAUUUUGGAGCCUAACCACCUCGACGAAUUCGAGAUGUCAUACGUUCCCCCUGCCAAAGAAAUGCAAGUCAGUCGGAUAUGCGUUCCAGUAGACAUGACCUAUACUAUUAAAGAAAAGGAAUGGUGUUCGAUUGCUAUGGUUACAAGAGGAAUAGCCAUUUUGGAUGAUUUCAGGCAGAUUUCGUUAGGAACAGCCUUGUUCAUACUUCCUUAUCAAAAAUUGACAUUUAAGGUUAAGAAAGAUAUAACGAUUUAUGUUGUCUUUCCGAAUCCUGACAAUGAGUUUUGUGAUAGCCAUUAUUGCCAUACUUAAUAUUAAACAUUUCCAAUUAA